CCUACAUCAGGUCGACUUUGCAAGCGACAAAAAAAUAACCGUCGUGCCAAACAACGAGUUUCCGAAACAAAGUUUCACCACCAGCAGAGAGCUGAGAGCAAACCAAAAAAGCGGAACCUAAAAAAAUAAGUCCUUAUUUAUUAAAAUAAAAUAAUUAAAUAAUUCAAGAAGUAAAGCCGCACCAAACACACCAGCUCUGAAUUGUCGUCCCUCAAGUCGUGCUGAAGCAUGAGUUGGUGCUUCCACAUGGCGGCGUUGUACGUGGGCGAUCUGCACCCCGACGUGACUGAAGCAACCCUCUAUGAGAAGUUCUCCUCGGUGGGCCCGGUGCUCUCACUGCGCGUGUGCCGCGACGCCAUUUCGCGACGCAGCCUCGGCUAUGCCUACGUAAACUACCAACAACCAGGCGACGCUGAAUCCGCCCUCGACACAAUGAACUUCGACCUCAUCAAAGGCAAACCCAUCCGCAUCAUGUGGUCACAACGUGAUCCAUCACUGCGCAAGUCUGGCAUCGGUAAUCUAUUCAUUAAAAACCUGGAUAAAAACAUCGACAAUAAAAGUAUGUAUGAUACAUUCUCGGCGUUUGGGAAUAUCCUCAGCUGUAAGGUAAUGCUGGAUGAGAAUGGCAUUAGCAAAGGAUAUGGUUUCAUUCAUUUUGAAACAGAAGAAGCAGCCAAGCGAGCUGUUGAAAAAGUGAAUGGUAUGCUAUUGAACCAAAAGAAAGUGUAUGUUGGGAAGUUUAUUCCACAUAAGGAGCGCUGCAAGCAAAUGUUGGUGAAACCAAAGAUAUUCACCAAUAUUUACAUUAAGAAUUUAAUGGAGAUGACUGAAGGAAAGUUGUAUGAAUUGUUCAGUCCCUUUGGGAAGAUCACCAGUUGUGUAGUGAUGCGUAACUCUGAUGGGUCUUCCAAAGGUUUUGGUUUUGUGGCGUUUGAUAACCCGCUAUCAGCAGAAAACGCUGUUAAAGACUUACAUGAGAAGGAGAUUUGCGGACAGAAAAUGUACGUGGCCAAAGCACAGAAGAAAGCCGAACGUCAAUUAGAAUUAAAACGACGUUACGAUGAUGUCAAAACAGAGCGAUACAAUCGCACACAAGGCGUGAAUCUAUUCCUAAAGAAUCUGGAUGAUACCAUUGAUGAUCACCGCCUACGUAAGGAGUUUGGACAGUAUGGUACCAUUACCUCUGCGAAGGUGAUGAUAGAAGAUGGUAGGUCCAAGGGUUUUGGUUUUGUUUGCUUUUCUACACCCGAGGAGGCCACCAAAGCGUUGAUGGAGAUGCAUGGGAAGAUGAUUGGUUCCAAACCCAUUUAUGUGGCGUUGGCACAACGUAAAGAGGAUAGAAAAGCGUUUAUUGCGUCGCAUUUGCAUCGUAUACGCAUCCAGCCGAAUUUGUAUCCGACUACACCGCAGUUUAUCAUGCCGGCGGUGGCGCAAGGUCACCGCUUCUAUAACAUGAAUCAUAUUAGAUCUACGCCACGCUGGUUGGCUGGAACCGCCAUGCGUCCGAAUGGUACCUACCCUACGUUGGCUAAUAAUUUGGUACGGGUGUCAUCCCGUCCAUCGGCGGCUGCCGCCAGCUCAAAUCGCAGCGGUGGUGGUGGUUUGGUUAAUACGCGUGGCAGUGGCGGUGGGCAGACUAUACAUUCACGCCCGAAUAGCAAAUAUACAGCGAAUAAUCAUUUGAUUCGACCUGUCACUGUGGCGUUGGGUAAUGGCGGCGAUAUUGGUCCGUUGAAUGCGUCUACGCUGGCGUCGGCUACGCCUGAGGAUCAGAAACAGAUACUCGGUGCUAAGUUGUUUCCGCAUGUAGAGAAGAUGUACCCGGAGAUGGCGGGUAAGAUUACUGGCAUGUUGCUGGAGAUUGACACGUCCGAGUUGAUUCAUAUGAUUGAAGAUCAGGAGUCGCUGCGGGCCAAGGUGGAGGAGGCGAUUGCGGUGCUGCAGGCGCAUCAGAGCAGUGGUAGUGUCUUGGCUGGAGGCGGCAAGAAGCCGCUGGCGAUUGCUCAGGAUUAACUCUGGUGCUGGAAAUGAGAUUUUUUAUCUUAAUCUUGGAAAUAUUGAAGAAAAAUUGAGUGUUGUGUACGUGCGCGCGCAGCUCUCUUAUAGGCGAUAUAUUUAUUCUAGUGUAGCGUUUAUUUUAUCAUACUUAAUCCAUUUUAAGUUUAUAUCUAGAACGCGCCCUAGGUUUAGUUUGAUUUAGUUGUAUAUUAAUGUUGGAUUAAAAAAACUGCGCACACAA